AUGGUAACCAUUGUUGCUUCUCACAGGAUCUUUCCAAAUCAAGAAACUCCCAAGGGUCGUUUAUGGUUAUCAGAUAGUGACCAAGUCGGGCGUUCAGGUCACACACCCAAUAUCUAUGUUUACGAAGCAAAACACAACGAUGAGACCAUUGAGAGGUUGAGGAACUCACUUGGUGAGAUUUUAGUGCACUACUAUCCAGUAGCUGGCAGAUUGAGCUUAGCAGAAAGUGGUCGAAUUGAAGUGGAUUGCAAUGCAAAGGGAGUGACAUUGCUUGAAGCUCAAACCACAACAUCAUUUGCUAAUUAUGACUUUUCACCUUCUGAGUAUGUCAAGGAACUUAUUCCAAAAAUUGAUUACACUCAAUCCAUAGAAGAAAUUCCUUUGUUGUUUGUGCAAUUGACAAGAUUCCAUGGUGGUCAAGGAUUUGUUAUUGGAGUGGCUUUCAGUCACCCUUUGUCUGAUGCGCUUGGUUACUUUCAAUUCAUGAAUUCAUGGGCAAAGCUGGGUCGCGGAGAGACACUAGAGCCACAUGAAUUGCCAUAUCUGGAUAGAACAAUCCUCAAACUUCAACACUCUCCUUCAACAUCACCAUGCUUUGAUCACCCCGAGUUGAAGUCUCUACCACUUAAACUCGGAUCCUCUGACAUCAAUGCUGAGCAAAGCAAGAAGACAAGUGCUGUGUUACUGAAGCUAACCCCACAACAAGUGGAAAAUCUGAAGAAGGAGGCCAAUGAAACACCCUUGAGAGAAGGGGUAAGACCUUAUAGCAGAUUUGAAGCUAUUGCUGCUCAUAUAUGGAGAUGUGCAUCUAAGGCUCGUGAACUUGAAGAGAAGCAACCAACCCUAGUUCGUUUCAACGCUAGUAUCCGCAGCAGAAUAAUUCCUCCUCUGCCUAGGAAUUACUUUGGGAAUGCUUUGGCAGCAACAGUGACACCCAAAUGUUAUGUUGGAGAAAUUAUAUCAAAGCCAUUGAGCUAUGCUGCACAGAAAGUAAGAGAAGGAAUUGAAAAGCUUACAAAUGAAUACAUAAGGUCACAAUUGGAGAUUGCGUUAGGUGAGGAGCAAUUGGAUUGCAUAAGGGCUUUUUUCUCGGGACAAGGAGAGCGUAGGAAUUCGGCUUUCGCAGGGAACCCGAACCUUCAAAUGACAAGCUGGAUGAGCAUGCCAGUGUAUGAAGCAGAUUUUGGGUGGGGAAAGCCUGUGUAUUUUGGGUUGGCAUAUGUGUUUCCACAAGACAGGGCAGUGAUUCUUCUUGGUCCACAUGGUGAUGAAACCGUUAUUGUCUCCAUGCACUUUCAAGCCGAGCACUUGCAACUUUUCAAGAAAUUCUUCUAUCAGAGUACAUUACAAGAAAAUGGUGAUCUAGGGUCAGUCAAAAGCCGACUCUAA